AUGGCCGCGGCCACCAGGCCGGCCGUGCUGGGCCUGUACCGCCGCGUGCUCAGGCUGGCCCGGCGGUGGCAGGCGGCGUCGGGGCGGCCGGAGGACAGCGCCCGGGAGCAGCAGGACAUCCUCCGAGAGGCCAGGACACUGUUCCGGAAAAACAAAGGCCUCACAGACACAGACCAAAUUAAGCAGUGUAUAGAUGAAUGCACAGCUAGGAUCGAGAUCGGACUGCACUACCAGAUCCCGUAUCCAAGGCCAAUUCAUCUGCCUCCAAUGGGCCUUACCUCACGACGAGGCCGGGGACUUCGAAACCAGGAGAAGCUGAGGAAGCUUUCCAAGCCAGUGUACCUCAAGUCCCACGAUGAGGUUUCCUAA